UCCCAAUCGGGACAUUCGAACAGAUAAUAUUAAUUUUCUUUCACCCUAAUGUUGAUAAAUUUUGAUUACGUAAUUCUUUAGUUAUUUACUUCCGAACAAAACAGUAAAUUUGGUAAUCUUUUAUCAUUAGUAUUAUCGGUACAUGAUGGAUAUGUGCUGUAGGGGUUUUAACCAACUAUUUCGUCAAAUUGACCUGGAAUGACAUUUCACCCUAAGAAGUGAUUAAUGGUGUCUUUGGGACAGUAACUGAAAUAACGUGUACGUGUAGUUAUUUAGGAUUGCAUACGCCGGAUUCAUUGUUGAGGAAAUUAAUUCUUAAAUUUGGAUUUAACACAUUCUUUCAAUAUUUGAGUGUCGGACAUAUGUGUCUGUGGAAUUCACAUCCUAAGUUACUUGAGAUAAUGUUAGAUGAGCUUUUCGCUAGAAGAUGUCUCAAAGAACCUUUACUUCUUCUAUUUACGUAAAACUUGGGCAAACACAGCAGAAUGAAGAACACCUUGUAAAAACAGUUGAACUUGAUUUUGAUCCAGUCACAAAAACUAUUACAAAAGAUAAAAAAUCUAGCAGGGAAUCAAAGAAAACAGAAAUCCCACCAGAGUUUAUCAUCAAACCCAGGAGACAGUUUGUUAAUGAAGAUCAAAGUGCAAAGUUCAAAGCAUCAUAUGAAGGUUCAUUAUCAACUGUUCUUACUUGGAGUAAAGAUGGAACAGUUUUACACUCCAGUAGGAAAAAUAAGAUUUACACUGAUGGAGUUCUGCAUAUUUUAGAGGUGAAAAAGGUUUUACCAAAAGAUGGAGGCAUUUACACCUGUACUAUAUGUAAUUCUGCAGGUACAGCUGAAACAACUGCAGAAUUGGAGGUUUACAGUGAGUACAGCCAACCACCAAAAUCACAGAAAAAAGUUUAUGUUGCGCCGUCUGUUGAUAGGCCACUCAGCGACGUAACAGUUUUGCCUGGAGACAAAAAUGUUGUAUUGGAGUGUAAAUUUUCUAAUGCAAUAGAUUCUAUAGUAUGCUGGUAUAAGAAUGGUCAACCAUUGCAUAAAUCACUUUUAAAUAAGCAGAUAUUUGAUGGCAGGCUAUCUAAACUUAUAUUAACAACAAUAACAGACAGUCAUAGUGGAUUAUAUGAAUGUGCCUCAGCCAACACAGGAGGGGAAGUUAGAAGUUGUUGUAGAGUAGCUGUUAUGGCUCCAGGAACAAGAAGCAUUCCUCCAAAGUUUGUGAAUCCUUUAUCAGAUCAGAUCCUUUGUGUUGGGGACAAUCUGUUGUUAGAAGCAAAAGUUACAGGAUAUCCAAGACCUUCUAUAAAAUGGUACAAAAACCAGCAGGAAAUUAAAACUUCAAGAGUGUUAAGGACAGAGUUUGAUGGAUCAACAGUACGUUUAAUUAUGGAGAAUGUGGACCUGUCAGAUUCAGACUCGUAUAAAUGUAUAGCAGAGAAUGAAGCUGGUAUUGAUCAGAUUAAAGCUAAGGUUACAGUCCAAAGGGAAGUAAUCAGAAAAACAGAUGAUGGUACAGAGGUUGUGCAACCGUCCUAUACACAGCCAUUAUCUCCAGUAAAUGAGAGGUCAACAUUAAAACCUGAAUCUGCUACUAAAUUAUCAUCACUCAAAAAGUCACAUGAUGUAUCUGUACGCUCCACACCAAGAUCUACUGUAGAAAAACAACCAGCAUUACCUUCAAGAGAAACCAGCAGGGAACCACCUAUCUUUGUACAGGAGCUGCAGGAUAUCAGGGUGAAAACUGGUGAACCAGUUGAACUUUUGGUUGAGGUCAAAGGCAGCCCUCCUGUAGAGAUUGUAUGGGUACACAAUAAUUCAGAAGUGAAUGAGGACCACAGUGUCUAUAGAACAACAUGUAGUGACAACAUACACCAGCUUGUUAUUCCACGCUGUAAACCUGAGGAUGCUGGAGAGUUUGUAUGUGAGGCAUACAAUGAAUAUGGAGAGAUUGAUACUUUCUGUCGGUUAAGUGUCAGUGAAAAUCUUUCUGAUAUGGAAACCAGUGAUGGAAGUAAAGUUGCAUUGUCACAAGUGUUCCAUGGAAUUGCCAGGAAAAUUCCACUAGAUGACCCUGUUGAUGGUGACAGGGGCACACCUCCAGACUUUGUUUUGAAGCCACACUCAGUUUUGGUUGAAAAAGAAAAGAGUGCAAUAUUUUUAUGUCGACCUGAAGGGAAUCCUAGACCAAGUGUACAAUGGUUAAAGCAGGGCAUUAUUAUAGAAAAUAGUGAUAAAUAUAAGGUUACACAUGGUGAGGAUUCCAUUUUAGAGAUAAGAAAUGUUGUAAUAGAGGAUUGUGGGAAGUAUACCUGUCUUUUGCUAAAUCCCUCAGGAAGUAUAUCUACUGAUAUUGAGCUGACCUUGGGUGAAUCCAAUACAGAGUUUAAAGCAGCUGAAACCUCAGCAGUCAAAAAGAGAUCUACACCAGAGAGUCCAAAGAGAUCUACACCAGAAAGUCCAAAGAGAUCUACACCGGACAGUCCAAAGAGAUCUACACCGGAAAGUCCAAAGAGAUCUACAUCGGAAGGUCCAAAGAGAGGAGUCAUCAACAGAAAGAUUGAAAUGUUUGAUAAACCUCCAGAAAAUUCUCCAUUUUCUAACAAUUUAACUCCUGCUAGAAAAUUACCAACAACAUUUAGUAGUAGUUUGUCCAGGGGUAGACAAGGACAUAGUCAUCAGAAAAAAGAAGAUUUUAGGGAUGUUUUAAACAAGAUUAAGACUCCAAAGGAUAAAAGGACAGGACAUGGAUUGGCUUCAGUAAGGAAUAAAGAAUUGUCAACAACUAGAGUUGACACACAUUCUGUAAUAGGUAAACGACAGAGAGACAAAUCUCCUGUAAAAGUAGCAGACGCAGUCAGAAAAUUCUCUGACCCACACAAUAUUGAUCAAAGUAAGUUUGUGACUUCUAGAAAUAAUAGAAAUUUGAAUUCAAGUAGAACAACAGAGUCUCCAAAAAGUUUUUCUGAAGCUAGAAGUAUAAGAAUAAAUGUAAGAAAGCUUGCAAAUGAAAUGUCUGGGUCACCUAAAAGUUUGUCAGAAGUUGAAAAUGAGUCACUUCAAAGUAAAACUAAAUGUGAGAAUAAAUGUGAACUUUUGAACAGAUGUGAAAAUGAGGAUACAGAAUCAAAAUCUGAAUUUUCAGUAAAAGAAAGACAAGCUGUUUUACACAGUGACUUGAAAACAAUUAUAGGGAAAAAACAAACGAUGAUAUUGCAAGAACAGCAAAUUGAGGGAUUGAAAGUAAAUAGUGCCAAAACUUUGCCAAGUCCUACUUCAGAAGGUCGUACAAAAAUUUUGUUAAGUCCUGCUUCAGAAGGUCAUACAAAAAUUUUGCCAAGUCCUUCUUCAGAAGGUCAUACAAAAACUUUGCCAAGUCCUACUUCAGAAGGUCAUACAAAAACUUUGGCAAGUCAUACUUCAGAAGAUCAUACAAAAACUUUUCUAAGUCCUACUUCAGAAGGUCGAUCAAAAAGAAAUUUCUUAGCAGAAGCCUCACAAAACAGUGCUGUAGAAAUGGGAGCUGUGUUUGGACAAAAAUUUGAAACUGAUAAAAUUAGAACAAUGCCAGAAAAACAAAAAAGAACUUCCGUUGUAGAAAGACCUGUGACAGGACAAAGUGAAUUUAAAAAAUUAUUAGAGAAGAAAAGAAAUUCACUUCCAUCAACAAGUUCUCCUGCAAAAUUACAUAGUACAGGAAGUUUUCGUGAGAAAAUGUCUGGUCAAAAGGAAAGUGAUCCAUCUCCAAUUAUAAAAACAAGUGUACAACGUAUUAACAACAUUGAUGAUGUUCUAGAUCGUUUAAAAGACAGGCCUCCAAUACCAGAACAAAGAAUUGUAACUUCUUUUACAGAAUCUGUGCCAAAAUCUUCUGAAAGAAUGAACCGAUCAAGAAAUUUAGGAGAAACACGUAGAUUAAGUCGAGAAAGUUCACCUAAUUUCAGGAAUGUUUUAAAUCAAAUUGAGGCUAAAACUAAAAUUCAGGAUAGUUCACCACAACCAAAAAGGAAUGAUCAGAAUACUCGCUAUCAUGACAGUCAAGACCAGGCUGUUCUUACAAAUAGAAAACAAAAAAUAGAAAGUUCACGGGAAAACACUAGGUCUGCAUCACCACAGAAAAAUAGGGUUGAAUUUUCACCAAGCAAUUAUCGUCAUAGUAAAAUUGUGAAUAAUAUGGAGAGUAAUAAUGGUGUUUCAGAAUUUUCUGACCCAUCAGAGAAAAGUAAUCAUCAAGUUGUUGAAAAAAAAUUAGAAAUGCAAAAAAUUGAGAGAGCCCAGAAAUGGGAUGCUUUGUCCAAGCUUUAUGCUGAACAAACCGAUGAUGAAAAUAGUAUUGAGGUUACGAAUAGGCAUCAGAAUGGAAGAAAUGAAAAUAGAGAAAAUCAAAAUGUAAUUGGUUCUGAUAAACUUGACAGAAAAAUCUCCUCUGUGUCUUAUAAUAAUCAUUCUUCUCAAAAUAAUGACCCAGACAGAGAAAUGGAUAGGAAAAAUGUAUUUGAAAACAUGAAUGGUACUAAUUCAGAAAGUGAUGUUCAUGAAAGUGCUUUAGAAAAUAUCCCUGAAAAUUUAAGUCCUGGCCAUGCAGUUAUGAUGAAUUUAAAAAGAACUAAAUUCAGUGAAGUUGAAGAACUUUUUGAGGAUUUUUCUAGAAUAGAUAGAGAAUUCGAGAGUUUAAAAAGAAACCCAAGAUAUGGUCCUAUAGAAAAGUUAGAUGUGGAUGAUGCAGAUAAAAAUAUUCUCAGAAAAAUAUCAGGUCUUAGCUCUGAUUUUGCUGAUGACUCUAUAAGUUCUCCAUCAGAUGACUUAAGAAGUGUUCCAUCAAAAAAGCAGACAAAAUACUCCAAAAAAUUUGAUUUCGAAAAGUCUCCUGCAAUUGUUGAGCAGUUGGAUUUCAGACAUGUUUUGAAACGUCAUGUUGAACCUCAUCAUCGUCAAUAUCCAAAAUUCCUUGCAGACCUUGUAGAUGUGAGAGUAAGUGAAGGUCAGUCUGUGACCUUGCAGUGUCAGGUGUCAGGUAUUCCUAGACCUGAUGUGGCUUGGGCAAUGAACAACAAAAGAAUUAAGACAUCAAAACGUAUACAGCCUUCUAAGUUUUUCCGUAUGACUUAUGAAGAUAACACAUCAACUUUGGUUAUAGCCGGGGCUUAUCCUGAGGAUGAUGGAGAGUAUGUCUGUUCUGCUACAAAUAGUCUAGGUACUGCAAGAUGUUCUUGUCAUCUCUAUGUUGAAGAAUGCAGCAGCAACCCAUCCAAUGAAGUAACAGAUGAGGAAGGACCUUCUGAUCUCUCAUCCAAUCAAACAUCUUCUUUUUCAAGUCACACCCCUGUACGGAAAAUUUCCUAUUCUUCCACUGAAACACCACCAUAUACUCCGUCAUUUGAACAGCAGCCAAAUACUGUUUCACAACAAUAUGAACAUAAAACUCCCAGCAUGCCAUCUGUUUCAACUAGUUUAGAUGAGAGUAACUAUGAUGACAAUGAAUUUGAAGAUGACUUUGAAUCUGUUCAGAAACAGCCCCCUCGUAUCCAUGAAAUUAGUCCAAGGAAUGUUGUGACUGAACAAGGACAGAAAUUACAACUUCAAGUCUCCUUUACAGCUGAACCUAAACCUGUUGUGCAAUGGUUUAGAGACAGUUUCGAAAUUAUUUCAAAUAAAUUAUACUUCAUAAAUACAACAGAACAUUUUAGUAGGUUAAUUAUAGACCAGGUGGACGGGGGAGACAGUGGGAGAUAUCAUGUCAAGGUGGACAACGAUGUUGGAUCAGACUCUACUGAAACUACUGUCACAGUCCUAGAUGUGCCAAGUCCUCCUAGUAAACCAUAUGCUACAGAAACCACUUUAUUUACGGUGAUCCUUUCAUGGUCUGAACCUGACAGUGAUGGGGGAAGUCUAGUCAAAAACUAUAAAGUAGAGAUGUGUAAUGCUGAAGAGGAAGAAUGGCAAACUUUGUCUGAAAAUUGUUCUAGUACCUCAUAUUGUGCCACAAAUCUUGCCGCUCACAAUCCAUUCUUUUUCCGAGUCAGUGCCAAAAACAAGAUUGGUUUUAGUGAGCCCAGUCCUGUAUCUGAUGUCAUAGUAACCAAAGAUAGUCAUCCAUCACACCGUCUCUCAGUCGAUUCUGAUGAUGUUUUUGGUACCACUAGUAUUUAUAUAGAUAAUGAUUCACCCAUUUCUCCAUUUUUACCCCGAGCAAUGCAAGAGGAAGAGCUUCCUUUUACUCCAAGGACAGUAGUUCCUGUAACGGAGAAGAUAUUUGAGGAUCAUUAUGAGAAGAUUGCUGAAGUUGGCAAAGGAAAGUUUGGAAAUGUGUACAAGUGCUUACAUAAGGAAGAAAAGGAAACUUGGGCAGCAAAGGUCAUCAAAUGCAGAAAGAAGGAUGAAAAAUUUAAUGUUAAAAAUGAAAUCAGUAUUAUGAAUGAGUUGACACACCCUAAACUUCUGAUGUUACGGGACGCUUAUGAAACACCAAAGUCCAUGGUCCUUGUUAUGGAAUAUGUUGGUGGAGGAGAAUUAUUUGAUCGUGUUGCAGACGAAGAUUUAGAGUUGACAGAAAGAGACUGUGUUCAUUUCAUGCGUCAGAUCUGUGAAGGUGUCAGGUACAUGCAUGAGAAGUCUAUAAUGCACCUUGAUCUCAAGCCAGAAAAUAUUUUAUGUGUUCGUAAAGAUAGUAAUUUGAUAAAGAUUAUAGACUUUGGAUUAGCACGUCGCUAUACACCAGGUGAAAGUCUGAAGGUAAUGUUUGGAACUCCUGAAUUUAUAGCACCAGAAGUUGUGAACUAUGAACAGAUAGGAUUACAAACAGAUAUAUGGAGUCUUGGAGUUAUUUGUUAUGUUCUAUUGUCUGGAUUAUCUCCCUUCAUGGGUGAUUCAGAUGGUGAGACACUUUCCAAUGUUACACAAGGAGAUUUUGAUUUUGAUGAUGAAGCCUUUGAGGAAAUUUCAGAGGAAGCUCGUCACUUUAUUGAAAAAUGCUUGCUUAAAAAUAUGAGAAAGAGGAUAACAAUAUCACAAUGUAUAGAGCACAAGUGGUUGGCACAUUCAGAGAGAAACAGUUCUAAAAAGUUACGACAGAGUCUACGCAACUUGAAACAAUUUAUGGCUCGACGCAAGUGGCAGAAAAUGGGAACUGCUAUUCGGGCAAUAGGACGCAUGUCAAUCUGGCAAAAACAGCGUGGUGAUAGUAAAUCAAUUGACCACUCUUCUAUAAAUAGUGAUUCCGAUAUUGCUUCACAGAGUGACUUGUCUGUCCUGCCAGUAUCAAGGUCUCAAUCACAUGAAGAAACAGAUUUCAAGGGAGAUAACCUGGAAACUUCUGAUGCUACUGAAACAGAUGAAGAUGUGUUUAACCAGUCGAAAGAAGAUGAUGAAAAUUGUGAAGAUGACCUUUGUGUGAACUGUGAAAACAAUAACAAACACAUCAAAACAAUGUCUUCUGAGGAUACAUCUGCACCAGCAGAAAUCAUUAAAGAUAUGGUGGACUGUGAGGCAGUGAAAGGGGACAUCGUACGAUUUGACAUUGCAGUUGAAGGUCAUCCUACACCUCAAGUGACAUGGCUGCACGACCAAAGUGUAAUAAAAGAAGACAGUAGACAUUCAUUUAUACAAAGUCACAAUGGUCUUCAUUCUCUCAUUAUUCGUGACAUAUGUGAGUCAGAUGAAGGUGACUACACAUGUAAGGUUGUCAAUGACAACGGGGAGGACACAUGUUCAGCAGAGUUAAUUGUGUAUGGUGUGAAUGCAUUUUAAAUUAUAGCCAUUUAUGUAAAGUAAAUAGCAUAAUAAUAUUCAACUGUAUUACAGUGGAAAAUAACCAUGUAUGAAACAAAAUAAGAAUAAAUGAAUUUAAGAAUAUUCAGGAAUCAUGUACAAUUUAACCAUUUUACUGCACAUUAGUUUGUUUUUGUUAAAAAAAAUAUUUUCAUCAGAAUAAGGCAUGUCAAAUAGAAUGAAAGUUAAUUCUGUUUUUACACUAGAAAAGAUUAUUUUUUCUUUUGAGAAACAAAUUUAUCAGCGAUUUACAAGUAAAUAAAAACAAAUUUCCAUUACUUGCAAUGAUUCUGUUUUUUGGACACAUAACAAUAAAAGAUAGAUCUUCAUAUGGUGAUAUCAGCAAGAAGUAUUAUUUCAUUCAAAUAUAACAUAUUCUCAUUUCAUUACAGAAGUCAGCAAUUUUAUCACAAGUUGUUUUGUUAUGAUAUUAGCUUGGGUUCCUGACCUUAAAAAAUACAUGCUUUUUAUCUUUAUAUAGAAGCUAGGUUGGAAAUUGAACUUUAAUCCAGCAAUCUAAAUCUAUAAUUCAAAGGAUAUCUUUUUAUGUAUUUUAAUGGAAAUCCUACAUUUGAGGAUAUACUUGUAUUCUUCAUAGAGUAUUAUUAUAUUUGUCUGGAAAUUUGCAAGUAUAUUUUAACCUUGAUAAUCUGCAUAUUUUUCCUUAAAUAAUUUUAAAACUUUACUAUAUUCAGUUUUAGUUUGUUCUUUUACACUUAAAUUUUAUUUUGAUUUUAAACAAUUAUGACUUUUAACUAAGCAAAAACAAGGACCUAUUAUUGUUAAAUCAUUUUAAUGUUCUUCCUUGUUUCCUUGAAUGUGUUAAGUUAUAAAAGGGCGGCUACUUAUUACAUGAUUCUACUGUGCCAAUUUGUUGAGUCUGAAUGUGUUCCAGGUAAUAUGAGUCAAGGCCAAUCUAGGGUUUAUAUUUUCCUUCUCCCAUUUGUAAUAGUACUGUAUUCCAGGUGUAUUCACCACAAGAAUGAAUCAAAUUUUCAAGUUAGUCCUUCCAAUAUUUCCAAAGAUAGUAUGGCCAUUUAAUGGAAAUAGCAAUCUUUGUUAUUAUAUGUCUCUCUCUUUACAAUAUAGGACAUAUGAAUCUAUGAUAAACAAUGUUGUAUUCAGUUCAGGGUCCAAGCUAAGUUUUAUUGUGCAAUGGGAAUGGGGAACACGAGGGGUGAUAUAUAUCAUAUGUAAUAUAUGUAUUUUACACCUUUGCACAGAAUGUUUUAUUAUGUACUGUGUGCAUAAAUUGCACAUGCAAAAUGAUUUUAGAAAAAUAAAAAUAUGAAAUA